GAAGGCAACAUACGUCACCAAUCAGAUUUGGCGCGCGUCGCUUUCCGAGGUUCUGAACAGGAGAGGACGUUACUUCAGGACUAGCUAGUUGGAUGAGCUGCUUUUUCUAAACAACCACAAUGAGGAGACAAGAAAACCAGCCACCCCGACCAACAGCAGGCUGCCUGCCUGUGCUGCUGUUCAACCAGAAGAAAAGAACCAGAGUUCCCUUGACAUCUGCUCCCAGUGAGAAUGAAUUCUUCUCCCACAGUGAAUUCAUGGCGAGCACCAGCUCAGCUCCAUCUCACAGCUCCCCAGGUGCGUAUGGAUGUGACCAGGCCUCUGGUACUUCCUCUGGUGCUCCACAAAGCCACCUGUGGAGCAGACAGUGCGUCCCAUCAUCUACUCCGCCCCAGCAGUAUGGCAGCAACAGACCUGCUCCUGGACCUGCUCCUGCAAUGAGACACUAUGCACCUAUAACACAUCCAUACAAAGCUGAAGGCACAAGACAGUACAGCAACCCAGUGAGAAAACAACAGGUUUCCAGCCCCAGUUUGAACUCCAGACAGAGUGACUAUCGGUCCAGCCACAUCCGUGAGAGUGCACAGAGCAAGCCAAAACCCCACACUGCGUUCUCCCUGAUGGGUCAGCAGCCAAUUUACAAACCACCCAAUCCCACACAUCAGUAUUCCCAGCAGUCCAGACCUCUGCCUGCUCCUGUCCCUCCACCCAGCAGGCCCUCUGUUCAUCCGGUGCAGCCACAAAACAACUCGUGGAAGUUUACUGACAGCUUUGGGCCACAGAAACCCACAAUUGAGGGAAACAAGAGCAGAAAUCAACCUCAGACUGUGCGACAAACUCAGGAAACAUUUACAAAGAAGCCAGCUGUUGAGAACUCACUGAGGAUCCUGACCGCAGUUAUUGAUGGCAUGAGACACUGGAGCCAGUUCAAAGACAAAGUCCCAAACUUAUUUGAGAUAUUUGCUACUCUGGACUCGGCAGUGACGGUGGGUCGACACGGAGCCAAGAACUUCCUCAUGAGAGAUGGGAAGCAGGUUGUGCAGUGUGUCUUCUAUGAAAAUGAGCAGGUACUGCCCCGACUCAUCCGUGGUCAAGUACAUCGAUGUGUUGGGAACUAUGACCACAGCACAGAUGUCCUGGUGUGUGUGUCCGUCAGACCCGGCCUCCCGUCAGAGCUGAGGAACGCUCAGGAGGCUGUGAAAGCCUGCGAUGCUGAGAUGAGGGUGCUGGUCAAAUCACUCAGUGAAGUCUGAGUGUGAGCAGGUAUCUUCGGCAGCACGAGACUCAUGUCAAGAUGGUAUACCGAUGUUUGAUGAGGGAACAUGAGAGCCAAGCCUCGUACUUGUAUAUAAUAGAUGAUGUAAUAGAUGAUCUGUGUUAUGGUUUGAAGCCUCCAUAGUUUUAGAAGCAUAUUUAAGACACUGCUAACGUUUUGGACCUGAAAGGAACUGUUGACUCUAGUUUUUUUCAGUUUUUUUAUUGAAUGUAACAGCUGAAUUCACGUCCAUGUUCUGGCGUAGACGUUCUUGUGUUAAUCUGUGAAAGAAAUCUAUAAAAAGUAGUUUCAUUUAACGGAAA